AUGUGUUUGCUCAUUUUGCUGUAUGCAUACUUGGUAAAUUCAGCAAAAUUAUUAAAAGUGAAUAAUAGUCUUAAAAAUGGUGUAAAUGUACUAGUUACAAAUAAAGAAUUUCACAAGAAAAGGCUAUAUGAAGGUAGGUUAUGCUUGCUGAAGAAUAGAAUCAAUCUAUUUUUUUGGAAAAAGAAAUAUCAUGAAAGAUCUAUAGAAGAAAAACUAAAUCCUAUACCAGUAUACAUUUUAACAAAUUAUAGUAACUCUCCAUAUAUAUUUCAUGAAAAUGAUAAACAAGUAUGUUAUAUGUUUUUAUGUCCAUAUGAUGCUGAAAAUAUGUUAAAAGAAAUAAUAAAAAGUAACAGUAUAAAAAAUGUAAAUAAUAUUAAAAUACACAGCAUAAAUAUGCAAAAAGCAUAUGAAUUAAUAAAAGAAUUUUUAAAUUUAAAAAAUUUGGAAAAGAAAAAUGUUGAUUCUAAAAAAAAUUAUGUAUAUUGGAAGUUAAUGCCAUCGAAGAGACAAGUACAAAAUGCACUAAUCUAUUUAUCUUUUAAAAAGAAAAGUGAAUUAGUGUUUCCAAUUUUUUAUGUAGACGGGUUUUAUAUUCAUCGGCAUGCAAAUGCCAUCGUUCCUUUGUUCUUUGACGUAGAGGAUUUGAAGAAUGCAGUUGAAAAAGUUUCCAUGAAGAACUACAAAAUUAAGGUCAUCAAUUUUGUCGAUCUCAUACUUUCGGACAAUCACAAGUCUUUCGGUUUCAUACCUAGUUCUAAGAGUUUGGAAUAUUUAGACAAAUUAAACAAAAUAGGUAUAAGAAAAUCAUAUUUUUAA